AUGUACCGCGGUGGAAAGGGAAACGGAUCGUGCGCCGCCGCGGCUUAUAUAUAUACGGCCGGCCGGCGAGCACCGCGUUCAGUUAUCGCACGCCCGCCGCCGGUUCAAUUAUCCGUCCCGUCGUCCCGCGUACAACCACCGCUGAAGCAACCAUCAGAACAGUAUAGUAAUUAUUGGUCUGUCGGUGUAAAGAAAAAAAUUCGUCGCUUUAAAUUUCUUUUUUUCCGAUUUCGAGUCGCGUACCCGAGACAACGAUAUCCUUCCGAGUGCAAUACUAUUAAACAGAUCUCGUCGACAUAUUCGUCAUCGUCAGUCGUCACCGCCACCACCGGUAACUGA